AUCGAGUGAGAAAGCAAAAUUUUUAACAAUUUUAAGUCACGAAAAACUAAUUUAACAAGUUCGUUUACGUUAGAGAAGUUAUUGGAAUCGGUCCUAUUUAUAACCACCAAAAUGAAGGAGUUUACACGAACCAUCGACGAAAAUUUUCCUGUUACAUGGCAUGAAUUUACAAGUAAAUCUGGUAGAAAAUAUUCAAUUGGUGAUAUUCAGGAUGAAUAUAAAGAAAUUAUUACGAAUCAUAUGGUUUAUGGAUUAGGUAGAGAUGAGCCGUUAUGUAAAUAUUCAAAUGCGACAACUUUUCCAAGCUUUUUGCUAUCAUCGAUGGAAGCUUGGAGAAGUGUAAUCAAUCAAAAUUUUAGUUUAAUUUGUUUGACAACAAAUGAAUUCGGAGAAAUUCAAAUUGCAGGAGCAAACUGUUUACACAUAGCUAGCGAAAAUGAAAAAGCUGCCUUUGAAGAUGAAAAGAAAACAUCUACAAGUAAAAUAUUAGAAACAUAUCUGCAUAUGGGUAAAAUGGCCGAUCCGUUUAAGAAGUUGGGAAUUCAAGAAUGUUUAACUGGAAUGGGAUUGUAUGUUUUACCUGAAUUUCGCGGUGAAGGAAUCGGAGUUGAAUUAUUAAAAGCAAGAGAACCAUUAGCUAGAAGUAUUGGUUUGAAAGCUACUUGUACAGUUUUUACAUCGAAAUUUUCACAAUUAGCUGCCUCUAGAGCAGGAUUUGAAGAUCUUUACAGCAUCCGUUACGAAGAUUUAGCAAAAAAUGAAAAUUUAGUCUUCCCUGGGAUCGAAGAACACACAGAAACAAUAAAAUUCAUGUACAAAUUGUAUAACUAGUCAUAAACUGUUUAAAAAUGUAGGUUGAAACAACACAAGACAAAUAAAAAGAUAAUGUGGUAAAUAAACCAUAAUCUUUUCGCUACGCUGUCAUAUUGGGUCAAAGUCUUAUCUAAGCCACUCAAAUUUCUAAAAACUGUACAUUCCUUCUGAUAUCAAGCAAAUACUAACAACUCGAAACAUUUAUUUCAAAAUGAAUGGGUUUAAACGAACGUUAGAUUCAAAUUUUCCAAUAAAAUGGCACGAAUUCACAAGUAAAUCGGGAAAAAAUUAUGUUAUUCAAGAUAUUCCAGAUGAAUACAAAGAAAUUGUUGCUAAUUAUAUGGUUUAUGGGUUUACUAAAGAAGAACCUUUAUUUAAAUUCAGUUAUGCAUCAACUUUUCCAAAUUUUUUAAACGAAGCGGGAAAGUUUUGGAAAAAAGCAGUUUAUGAAAACUUGAGUUUAGUUUGUCUAACAACCAACGAAAACGGAGAGAUUCAAAUAGCAGGGGCUAAUUGUAUGUACAUUGCUAGGGAAGAUGAAGAAAAAAGUUAUAAAAAUGAUAAUGAAGAAACUUCUUCAACACUUAAAGUACUUAAAACUCAUGUGUAUAUGGGUAAAAAGGCAGAUGCGUUUGCAAGGUUAAAUAUUAAGGAGUAUAUGAAAGGUAUGGGAUUAUAUGUCUUACCGGAAUUUCGUGGAGAAGGAAUUGGAAUUGAAUUAUUAAAAGCUAGGGAACCUUUGUGUACACAUUUAGAUUUGAAAGCAUCUUGUACAGUUUUUACUUCAAACUUUUCACAAAAUUCUGCCGUAAAAGCAGGAUUUAAAGAUCUUUAUGUGAUAAGUUAUGAAGAUUUGGCACAAGUAAAUGAAGAACUUGUAUUUCCAGGUAUAGAAACCCAUACAAAAUCGAUUAAAUUUAUGUAUAAAUUAUACAAUUAAAAUUUAUUACAAUCCAUGUAUAAAAUAUUUACAAAAAAACUUUCAAAUGAUUUAAAAUGUCAUCACCACAAUUAAAAUAAAACACAUUACAUUUUAUAUAAUAAAUUUUUCCACUAGAAUCAAUAGGUUUAUGUUGUUUAAUAGACCUAAUUGAACUUGCACAUUUAUAAUUUUCACGAACACAAGCCAAAUCACUUUUUUUAAGUCUUAAAAUAGGGCAAAUAUCAUUAAAACCAUCCCCAAAAUAAAUAAUUUUAUCAUAAAUAACUCCAUUCUUCUCCUGAGCCUCUAAAUAUUCCUCCAUAAUCCUUCCUUUACACAAAUUCUUCGUACUUAAAUUACAAUCAGUUUGCAAAUGAUACAUUUCAAUAUUUAACAAACCAUUUUCGUCAAAAUGAGCUGGAUUUGUAAAAACACCAUCAACACAACUUUCCAAUUUGUAUUUUUUUAACCAAGUAUUAAUAAAAUACGAAUUUGAAUCGCUUACAAUAAUA